GUGUCAUCGUCUCUGUCUGUCGGCAGUGUACUCCGUCCAUGACUUUCCUCUUAUCCAAAUCAUUUUUCUCUCUAACACUCAGACCCCCUAGUGCGAUUUCCAUGGCUACUCUCACCUCCAAGGCUCGCCUGAGAGGCGUCGUCUUCGACAUGGACGGAACCCUGACGGUUCCCGUCAUCGAUUUCGCCGCAAUGUACAGAGCUGUCCUGGGUGAACACGAGUACAAACGCAUCAAGGCGGAGAAUCCAACCGGGAUCGAUAUUCUGCACCACAUCGAGACGUGGAGCUGGGAUAAACAGCAGCAGGCCUAUCAGAUCAUCGCCGAUUACGAGAAGCAGGGGAUCGAUCGGCUCCAAAUCAUGCCUGGUGCUGCCGAACUAUGUGCCUUUCUUGAUUCCAGGAAGAUUAGGAGGGGAUUAAUCACUCGCAACGUCAAGAAAGCAAUCGACAUCUUCCAUGAACGUUUUGGGGUUGUGUUUUCUCCCGCGCUAGGGAGGGAGUUUCGGCCAUAUAAACCGAACCCAGACCCGCUGCUGCAUAUAUGCUCCACUUGGGAUAUCCGGCCCGAUCAAGUCAUAAUGGUUGGCGACAGCUUAAAAGAUGAUAUAGCUUGUGGGAAACAAGCAGGAGCCUUGACGUGCUUGCUGGAUGAGACCGGGAGGUAUGGUUCGGAAGACUUUGCGGUCUCUGGUCUUGAGCCUGAUUUUAAGGUCAGUUCCUUGUCUGAAAUCCAGAAGAUAUUGGACUCGAACUUCGACCUGACACCCCAUUCUUGAUUCUUCCCCAACUUCCUAUUGUUAGUUGAUACAGUUUCUUCCUCCUCACCAGAGGGAGUGUCACUUGUUAUUUAUUAUGGUGUAAUAAUAUAUUUCCAAACUAGGGUUCUUAUUUAUUCUUAUCCCAGAAGAAACAUUAAUUUGGUAUUUCUUUUUA